UAUAAUUAAUUUUAAAUUUCACCUUCAUACCCUUUUUAUUUUACUCUUUCAUUUUUUGAAUUUAUAUGUUGUUUUCGCAGAAGGGCCGGGAGCCAAUGAAAGAAGACGCCAUUUUUGACUUUUGUCAGCACUCAAUUUAUUCUUCUUUACACAAAAAUAUCAAUUUUUGAGACUGCUAAAGCCUUUUUCACUCAAGAAAACUCAACAACCUCCCUCUUUGCUUUUGCUUCUGAUCUGUAAUUGGAAACAAUGCCUAUAGCAGAGAUCUUUCUCUCUGCCUUCGUCAAAUUGCUGUUUGAGAAGAUGUCCUCUUUUGCCUCCUCCAAAUUACCCACCUUUGAAGGUAUUGCUGUCCAGCUCACCAAUUGGACCAGUAUGCUGUCUCAAAUUCAAGCUCUUCUGAUUGACGCGGAGGACAAGCAACUGACCGAUCCAGCCGUGAACCUGUGGCUCGACGAUCUCCAGGAUCUGGCAUAUGAUUUGGAUGAUUUAGUGGAUGAGUUUGCCACCGAAGCUUUGCGACAGAAUCUCAAGGCAAAGCCGCCCCAACCUAGUUCCAGCAAGGUAUGGAAUCCCAUCCUUAAUUUCAAGCCAGAAGAUGUUAUGUUUAAUCUCAAAAUGAGGUCCAAGAUUGAGGAGAUCAAUACCAGAUUACGCACUAGUUUUGAUCGAUCUUCGCAACUUAAUUUGGUUAAGAUUGUUGGAACCACCACACCUACUAAGACUUGGCAAAGAACAGAGUCUACAUCUUUAUUUGAUGAACCUCGCAUUUACGGCCGAGAACACGAUCAGAGUAAGAUAAUUGAGUUGCUCGUAAAGGGGGAUGAAUCAAGUCAUAACAACGUUGGUGUAAUUCCCAUUGUGGGUAUGGGUGGGAUUGGCAAGACCACCCUCGCUCAGAUGGUAUACAAGGAUGAAACCGUGAAGGAGUAUUUCAAUCUGAGAGCAUGGGUCUGUGUGUCAAAUGAGUUUGACAUUAUGAAAAUAACAAAAUCUAUUUAUGAUUCAAUUACUUCUCAAACACAUAGUUUUAAUAACUUGAAUCAAGCUCAAGUUGAACUACAGAAGGCUUUGGCUGGAAGGAAGUUCUUAAUUAUUCUAGACGAUGUCUGGAACGAAGAUUACAAUGCUUGGAAUGUUUUGAAGAAACCUUUUAAUGAUGGAGCCCAAGGGAGUAGAGUCAUGGUGACAACACGUAACAGCGACAUUGCAACAAUGAUGGCAACUGUUGAACUUCAUCACGUUAAGAUCCUAUCAGAUGAGGAUUGUUGGUCAUUGUUUGCACAACAUGCCUUUGCGAAUACAAGUAUUGAUGCAAAUCCAAAUUUGGUAUCAAUUGGGAAAAAAAUUGUGGAGAAAUGUAAAGGUUUGCCUCUUGCUGCUAGGACACUUGGUGGCCUUUUACGCAACAAAGUACGAAAUGAGGAAUGGGUAAAUGUAUUGCGUAGUAAAAUAUGGGAUUUACCACACAAAAAAAAUGACAUCCUUCCUGCUUUGAGAUUAAGCUACCAUGAUCUUCCUUCGCAUUUAAAGCAGUGCUUUGCAUAUUGUUCAAUAAUACCCAACGACUAUGAAUUUGAGGAAGAGGAGUUAGUCUUGUUGUGGAUGGCAGAGGGCUUCAUUCAGCAACAAAGAGAGAAGCAAAUGGAAGAUGUAGGAGGUGAGUACUUUCGGGAAUUGUUGUCAAGGUCUUUUUUCCAACCAUCAAGUACCAGUAAAAGCUCUAAAUUUGUGAUGCAUGACCUCAUCAAUGAUUUGGCUCAAGUAGUUGCAAGAGAAACUUGUUUUAGAUUGGAGGAUAGAUUGAAAUAUCCGGAGCAGUGCAAGAAUAUAAAGAAAGCUCGACAUUCAUCUUACAUGCAGGAGUACCAUGAGGGUAUGAAAAAAUUUGAGAUCUUUGACAAAGCCAUGCAUUUACGGACCUUCUUAUCAAUUAACUCACCAUAUGGUCAUAAUUGUUAUUUGGCAAGCAAUGUUUCCCUUAAUCUAUUGCCGAAGCUAAGACGCUUGAGGGUGCUCAAUAUGAGUAGAUAUUCCAUCACAGAAGUUCCAAAUUCGGUUGGAGAUUUGAAACAUUUGCGGUACCUUAACCUUUCCAACACUGAUAUUAAAGAAUUACCUAAAUCAUUAGGGUCUCUCUACAAUUUACAAACGUUGAUGUUAAGAGAAUGUCAAUAUCUAAAAAAGUUGACAACAGACUUGGGAAACCUAAUUGACCUACGUCAUCUCGAUACUACAAAUGCACAUUCCUUAGAAGAAAUGCCACUGGGAAUAUGUAAGUUGGCUAGUCUUCAAACACUGUCCAAUUUCAUUGUUACUAAAAACAAUGGGCAUCAGUUAAGAGAGUUGGGGAACUUAAAUUAUCUUCGGGGGAAGUUUUGCCUAUCUGGGUUACAGAAUGUGGUGGUUCCAUUAGAUGCAAGGAAGGCGAAUUUAAAUGAUAAGAAGGGGUUAGAUGUGUUAUCAAUGAAAUGGAGUGUUAACUCAGAUGAUUCACGAGAUGGAAGAGUUGAAACUGAAGUGCUUGACAUGCUACAACCUCACAAGAAUUUAAAAGAGCUGCAUAUCAAUGGCUAUCUUGGUACAAGAUUUCCGACUUGGAUAGGAGAUCCUCUGUUCUCCAAUAUGGCUGACCUACAUUUAGAUAAUUGUGGAAAUUGUGCAUUCUUGCCACCACUUGGACAACUACCCUCCCUCAAAAAGCUCUACAUUAAAGGAAUGAGGGUACUAAAGCAUGUUGGUUGUGAGUUCUACGGGCAAGGUGGUGUUCAACCUUUUCCGUUACUGGAGACUCUAAGCUUUGAGAAUAUGCCAGAAUGGGAGGAUUGGUAUACUUUUGAAGAUCACAAGGAAGUUCAACCAUUCACUCGUGUCAAGUAUCUCUCCAUAAUAGAAUGUCCCAAACUUCUUAAAAUGUUGCCUACUGAUCUACCUUGUUUGAAUAAUCUAGAGAUUAGGGACUGCCCCAAACUCUGUGGGGUGAUGCCCAAGGAUCUACCUUGUUUGAAUAAUCUAAAGAUUAGGGACUGCCCCAAACUCUGCGGGAUGAUGCCCAAGGAUCUACGUUGUUUGAAUAAUCUAGAGAUUUCAGAGUGCCCACAAUUCCUAGUUGAAGGUUCCAGCAUUAGCCUCCCGUCACUCACCUCGAUAGCUAUGAAUGACGUUCCUCUAACAAGCCUUGAAGCGGUCCUUGAGAUGAGGAGUAUGGUUGAUGAUGAAGUGAUAUCGGCAAAUGCAAAGUCUAAGCAUCCGAGUUCAACAACUUCCUUGAGCAUUGGGAUGAUUAAGAAACUCGAGCUCUUGCCGAAAUGGGUUACUCAUGGGCUGAUGGAAGUCGAGGAAUUGAACAUUAGAAGGUGUGAAGAACUCAAGACACUGUGGAAGAAUGAGGCGAGAGUGCAACACAACCUCCCUGCAUUCCGACGUUUGAGAAUUGAAGACUGCCCCCAGCUUGUUUCAUUGUUUGAAGAAGAAUGGGUUACUCAUGGGCUGAUGGAAGUCGAGGAAUUGAACAUUAGAAGGUGUAAAGAACUCAAGACACUCUGGAAGAAUGAGGCGAGAGUGCAACACAGCCUCCCUGCAUUCCGACGUUUGGAAAUUGAAGACUGCCCCCAGCUAGUUUCAUUGUUUGAAGAAGAUGAGGAUGAAGAAAAUGAAGGGCAACAUCAGCAACAACAACAAGAGGGACCCCCUAGCAUAGUGAGGCUUGAGCAUCUAACAAUAAUUAAUUGUGAAAAGGUGCUGGAUAAACUGCCACGGCUGCUACAUACGUUCACUUUUCUUCGAGAGUUGUAUGUCUCUAUGUGUCCAAGUCUCGGCUCUUUUCCGGAGACAGGUUUUCCCAGCACGCUGAAAAAUCUCGAGAUACGUGAUUGUGAGGCUCUGCAAUCCUUAUUCGGGUGGAUAACACAGAUUAAUGACAAUAAUCUUGAAGUGUUAGAGGUUACGAAUUGUCCGUCUCUUACGUGGUUGAUAUCGUGCAGAGGUGGGGGGCUACCACCCACACUCAAAGAGCUUCGGAUUUGGUGGUGUAAAAAGUUGGAGGCACUGCUAGUAGAAGAGGGGAUGGAAAUUAACUGUCCAUCUCUUGAGUCUGUUUGGAUCGUUGAUUGUGAUGGGCUCAAAUACUUGCCAGAUGCCCUUCCUAAUAAUAAUAAUCUCAGGAAUCUCAGUCAAUUGAUCUUGUAUGGUUGUAAGAAUUUGGAGUGCAUUCCGGAAGGAUGGUUCCACUCCACAACAAAUCUGACAAAAUUGAAUAUCAGGGGAUGCAAAAAACUGAAGGCCCUACCACACGGAUUGCAGAGCAUCAACUACCUCACUUCUCUUGAAGAGCUGGAGAUGGAUAUUUCACAAUGGAACAACAACUUCAAGAAGAUUGGUUUGCACAGUUUAUCCUCUCUUAAAAGACUAACGUUGAUUGAAGGCAAAGAAGAAGAACAUCUGGUGGGUUCCAGCUUUCCGAUAGAUGGGAAGUUGCUGCCCACCUCUCUGAUCAAUCUUUGGAUCGGGGAUUUUCGAAAUCUGGAGAAGCUAUCUUCUAAGUUGUUUCAAAACCUCGCCUCUCUUGAACAACUUUGGAUCAGGGAUUGCCCUAGGCUCAAAUCUUUACCAGUGCAAAGGCUGCCUCCCUCACUUAAUGAAUUGUGGAUUGAGAGUUGUCCGAGACUAACAGGGAAGUGUGAAAAGGGGAAAGGCAAAUAUUGGCCCCACUUAGCUCACAUUCCUCAAGUCGAGUGGUGUGAUGAUUCUAAGUUCUAAACCGUGUGGAGAUUCCCACCGCAAUACAAGCAGUCAAAUUGCCAGAAAUGUACUUUCAAGCAUCUGAAUACAAAGAAAAGCUUCUUCCGAUAGAUUUCCUUGUCUGCUUUUAUUUCCCGAGGGAACCACAACAAAUUGAAGAGUUCUCAUUUCUUUCCAACUUGGUGCAUUUGUCCUUGGAUAUCCUGUCCUUCCAGUGAUUGUUCGCUAUCCCCGUGUACACUUUGAUCACUCUUGCUCUGGCAAUGGAUGAUAUGAUAGCUUGGAUGCAAGAAGGUGGGCAGGUGGGAAUAUUUUAUGCCACAAACAGUACGAGGAAACGAAGGAAUAUGCUUAUGAAAAUGGUUGAAGGAAAAUGCAAGGUACAUGCUCAUUGCAUGUUUGCGGCAGGAUUACUAAGAAUUCUCCAAGGACAAAAUUGAUACAAAAGUGAAGAGUAUCAUGUUGCUGCAUAGCAGGCCAAGAAGGCCAAUUAUUUCUUGAGCUUUCCUAUGUGAAAUGUUUCAUCUUUAAGACUUAAGAUCAUAUCUCAUCUACAUUUCAUAGUAAAUUUGUGAACAAGCUAAACAAAUAUGGUUGUUUGUGGCUAAAUUAGCAUAGUUAGAAAUUUUAUUGAUAUGUUGUUGAUCUCAUCUUAAACUCGUUAAUGUCUUAUGCAUGCUAUAUGCUUUGCCGUACAGAUUAUUUUUUUGGAGACAAUAUGCAAUGAUGAGCGCAUUAUUGAAAGAAACAUACGUCUUAAAAUUCAACAAAGCCCUGACUAUGUAGAGGAGUAUGGCUGCUUACUAAAAUGAGCAAAUUAUUAUCUUAGUCUACACUUCUAUACUUAGUAAAUGUUGUUUCCCUUUAGGACAGAUUUUGAAGCUGGAUAUCAAGACUUCAAAAAGCGAGUAGAAAAUUAUGAAAAGGUUUAUGAGCCAGUAGAAGAAGGAUCAUACAUCAAAAUGAUUGAUAUGGUCAGUGGUCAAGGUGGACAAAUACAAGUAAGU